GGAUUGUUCCUUACACCUGAGGAGUUUUACAAACGCCUUGACGACAUGAACGUGUUAAUUGUAGACGUUCGACAAACUAACGAAUACGAUCAAACUAGAAUCAAGAAAAAAAUGCAGGAGGCAUGAUUAAUAUUCCACCCGAACUCAUUCAACCAGGCCUUUUCGCAAAUACGCUAGGGCUUAAAUUGCCACCAGUGACCUGUGUAAUCUGGGAUAAGCGAGAUAGCUUCGACUGCAUUGUCAUUUUGGAUUAUGACACAACAAAGUUUACCUAUGGAUUUGGGACUGCAACAGAAGCUACCGGGAGCUCCCAUUUAUCCUAG